GCUCUUAGUCUCUAACCCUCACUGUCUUUUGUCUUUGUUGUUAAUUCAGUGGCUUCGUCUUUUUUUCCCUUCUAUUCGUCUUUCAAAGUCGUCGGAAACUUUGUUCUUCUUCGUGACUUCGUCCCAUUGUUCGUUUGUCUUCAUCGGAAACUUGGUUGGGACUUAGUGUUCGUUCACUUUCGUCUUUGUCUCCUACUCUUUCUGACCUCGUCUUCCUCCUAUCCAAGCUUUUGUAAACAUGCAAAGCAUCAGAAAUUCAAUCCUGAAGCACAUGAAAAUCAGAGGACCUAAUACUACAACACAGUUGUUGAUGAAGGAUGAGAAUGUCAUGGAGAAACUAACUCGUCAUUUGUGCACAUCAACAGGUAGAAGCUCCGACGAAAUAGUUGAUCGAGUGAUUGGAUUGGUUAAGAAGUUUGAUAGAAUUGACGCCUGUAAGGUUACUGAAACGGCUGAUUUCCAGAAAGAUUUAAGCCUGGACAGCUUAGACAGGGUGGAGCUUGUUAUGGCUUUUGAACAAGAAUUCUCCAUUGAAAUCCCAGAUGAAAAGGCAGAUAAGCUUACCUGCUGUGCUGAUGUAGCACGAUACAUAACUUCUCAAGUAGAGGAAAAGAAAGAGGAGAAACUCUGAGAGCAACUUCAGUUUUUUCAUCUUUUAUCAUCUUGUAAUGCCCAUUAGCCUGAUCUUUUAAUGUUAGUUCAUUUUUUGUGUGGGAUUUGAUCAUCCAUCAGGCUAUGCAAUGAUUGUAAGAGAACACAUGAGAUAUCUUUGGCUCCCAAUUGAUUUUUGAUGAGUACAAUUACAACCACCUUGCGA